AUCUAAUUUUGGAACUGUUACGGGGUGGAGAACGGGCGAGGCGGCCUGAGAAGACUCGUGCCGCUUCAUCGGGAGCCUUCCAAAACCUAUCUGCCCUCGCAACGAAACUUCUUCCAUGGAGUUCGCCUCCGCUGUCCUUCUUCCCGCCCCGCUCGCCUCGCUCCCCGCCGCUGCCGCCACUAUCGCGGUUCCGAUUUCGAUCGCAGUCACCACUCCCACCACAGCUUGUUGAAUCGUCUGGCUGCGAGGCAGGAAUCCGAUCCAGAUCCCGAGCUCCUCUUCUUGGGGGUCUUCUUUUCCACCUACGAGAAGACCUUAAUCGAACUGAAAGAACAGGAUGACGCCGUCUUUAUUGCUGAUGAAUCCGGCCCUUUCGUGGACCGACACAGAGGCAACGGCGGCGCUGAGGUUUAAUGUCAAGCCUUUCUGUCCUCCAGCCGGUGCCUGCUACUGGGCUAGAAGAUGGAGAUCUCCGAUAUCAGCUAUGAUUCCAAAUAUUCAUCUUCCAAUGCGCAGCCUAGAAGUUAAAAACAGGACAUCAGUUGAUGACAUUAAAAGCUUGCGAUUGAUCACAGCCGUCAAGACCCCAUAUUUGCCUGAUGGGAGAUUUGACCUUGAAGCUUAUGACUCCCUUAUCCACAUGCAAAUCAUCAAUGGUGCUGAAGGUGUCAUAGUUGGGGGCACCACUGGAGAAGGCCAUUUAAUGAGCUGGGAUGAACAUAUCAUGCUCAUUGGUCACACUGUCAACUGCUUUGGUACCUCAAUAAGAGUUAUCGGGAACACUGGAAGUAACUCAACAGGAGAAGCAAUCCAUGCAACUGAACAAGGUUUUGCUGUAGGGAUGCAUGCAGCUCUUCAUAUCAAUCCUUAUUAUGGGAAGACAUCCUUGGAGGGAAUGGUCUCACAUUUUGAGGCAGUUCUUUCUAUGGGCCCAACUAUCAUAUAUAAUGUGCCCUCAAGAACUGGACAGGAUAUUCCACCCUCGGUGAUACACACGAUCUCGCAGAAUCCUAACAUGGCAGGUGUCAAGGAGUGCAUGGGAAAUGAUAGGAUCAAGGGUUAUGUAGAUAAAGGGAUUGUGAUAUGGAGUGGGAAUGAUGACGAAUGUCAUGAUUCUAGGUGGGCAUUUGGAGCAACUGGAGUCAUAUCUGUUGCUAGCAAUCUUGUUCCGGGGUUGAUGCAUGAGCUCAUGUUUCAAGGGAAAAAUCCUUCAUUGAACUCAAAGCUGAUGCCUCUGAUCAAAUGGCUGUUCCAGGAGCCGAAUCCCAUCGGCCUUAACACUGCCCUUGCGCAGCUGGGAGUAAUUAGGCCUGUGUUCAGGUUGCCCUAUGUCCCUCUUCCUCGUGCAAGGAGACUUGAAUUUGUACGCAUCGUGGAAUCGCUUGGUCGUGAGAAUUUCAUUGGCGAAAAAGAUGUUGAGUUUCUUGAUGAUGAAGACUUUAUACUGGUAGGCAGGUACUGACAUUACAUGGUCCAUUAUCUCAAGUUUCUUCCCUCAUAGUAUGUAAGCCAUUAAUGGAGUAAAACUCUAUGAUCUAUGAUCAGAAAGCAAAUAAUCUAGCUGUCGUGCUUGUCAAAGUUUUCAUAUGGUAUAUAUAUAGUUGAUUUGAGGUUC